AUUUUCAUCAUAGCUGAUGAUAUGAGACCAACAUUAGGAUACUACGGGGAUCCUGUUGUGAAAUCACCAAACAUUGAUCAUCUUGCCUCUAAAAGCAAUGUCUUUCUCAACGCAUAUGCCCAGCAAGCAGUGUGCGCACCAAGUUGGACCUCCUUACUAACAAGUCGUAGACCUGACACAACCAAGUUAUAUGACUUUAACUCCUACUGGAGAGUCCAUGCAGGGAUCUACACAACUCUCCCUCAGUACUUCAAGUCAAAGGGCUACACCACUAUGCCAGUUGGGAAGGUCUUUCAUCCAGGCAUAGCCUCCAAUCACUCGGAUGAUUACCCAUACAGCGGGUCUGUACCUCCUUAUCAUCCUCCCUCUUUCGAAUAUGAAAAUAGGAAGGUUUGCAAGGGCAUUGAUGGCCAACUGCAUGUCAACCUGCUGUGCUCGGUGAAUGUGUCAGAAACCCCUCUGGGGACACUACCAGACAUGGAGAGCACAGAGGCUGUCAGACUGCUCAAGUCCACAAUGGAUUCUGACAAGCCCUUAUUUCUGUCUGUUGCAUUCUACAAACCUCACAUUCCCUUCAGAAUCCCACAGGAGUUCCUGAAGCUCUACCCCCUGGAUAAGAUGACCYUGGCUUCAGACCCUGAUGUUCCUAAAGGCCUCCCCAGCAUGACCUACAAUCCCUGGACUGACAAGGAAGAUGUCCAAGAUCUGAACGUCAGCUUCCCAUAUGAACCAAUACCAAAGGAAUUCCAGCUCCAGAUUCGACAGCACUAUUAUGCCUCUGUGAUGUACCUGGACUCCCAAGUGGGCAGGUUGUCAAAUACUCUGGAUGAUCUGGGCCUGGCUGAAGACAAUGUUGUGGUCUUUACUUCAGACCAUGGAUGGUCACUUGGGUAGCAUGUGGAAUGGGCCAAAUACAGCAACUUUGACGUGGCCACUCGCCUUCCCCUAAUGUUCUCCGUACCAGGUGUGACUGCAGUCCGUCCGUGGCCAGGGGAUGAGAUCUUCCCCUACGUAGAUGUGUUUGGUCCAGCACAGCAUCACUUUACACAAGGAGGAMCAGUGAGGAAUGUGAAUGAGCUGCUAGAUGUCUUCCCCACAGUGUCUUACCUGGCUGGGCUGAUGCUCCCACACCCCUGUCCUGACAACUCCUUCGACGUGGAGCUCUGUACCCUAGGGAGCAACCUGGCCCACUCCUUCAAGCACCUAGACGACAGCAAGGACUCGUAGGCCAUCGCCUGCAGCCUGUACCCCCGGCAUGCAGACACCCCCCAGAAGAACUCUGACCUGCCUAACCUGAAAGAAUUCCAGGUGAUGGGCUACUCGCGCUCCUGGGACUACCGCUUCACCCUGUGGGUGGGUUUCGACCCUGCUAGCUUCCAGACUGACCUGGUGGUCCACGCUGUGGAACUGUACCUCAUGGAGAGAGACCCAGGCCAGGACCACAACCUGUACAAUGGCUCUGAACACAGCCUCCUACUCUGCAAGCUGGGCCGACCAUCAUCAGCUGAACACCCUAACCUCAAACACCACCUCUACAUCACUGCGGAGAUUAAAUCUAAAGGGAUGGCAUGAUAAUACCUUGUUUCGAUAAUUAACUAUUUAGAAGGGAAGAUGCUAUAUUCAGAAAGGACUCAACUUUUAAUGAAUAUAUUGAAUGUCCCACAGUUAAAAUAAGGGCACUUAAUGUCGUUUGUAGUUAACAGUUAAGAUAUUAGUUGCUGCUAUUAUGGUUAAAACAUGUAGUAUCUACUGUACAUAGGUUUUUAGGCACACACAUUGUGUUAGCGUGUGACUAAGAUAAAAAGUGAAAAGGGGUCUGUGGGAGUUAAUGUGCUAAGUUUGAUUGAAUCACAGAUGAGACCAGUAGGGUUAGUUUUGCAAGCAUAAAGAUUUCCUACAGUAAUAAAACAACCUAAGGUUACUUGCGUAACCCCGGAUUUCUGAUAAUGAGUGAGAUGUAUCACAUGUGGGAUUCGCUAGGAUCAACUAUUCUCUCGAAAAUAACCUAUCAAAAGCAUCUGUUGGAGACCGACAGACAAGUAGAGUGGCAAAUAAGGUGAGUCCCACGUCUCAUUUUUUAAAUUUUAUUUAGCCUUUAUUUAACUAGGCAAGUCAGUUAAGAACAACA